GAGGACGACUGCUCACCGGCGCGGGGUCUGAACCGGUAGAUCGGGAGGUGGUGGCGAGUGGGUAUCCGGACGCGCGGCCGACGCCAUGCCGUUCCUGCACGGCUUCCGCAGGAUCAUCUUCGAGUACCAGCCCCUGGUGGACGCCAUCCUGGGUGCCCUGGGCAUCCAGGAUCUGGAGCGGCAGGAGCCUCUAGAUGAGUGAGUCGCUGCGGUCCCCUGUGGUUGUCGCGGCGGGAGCGGGAGCUGCGUGGCUGCGAGCUCGAGCACCAGCCUGAGUUACGCUUCCAGUGAGGAGAGCCGGAUCCUGGUCCUUACGGAGCUGCUGGAACAGAAGGCCCACUCUCCAUUCUACCAGGAAGGUGUGAGCAAUGCUCUGCUGAAGAUGGCCGAGCUGGGCCUGACCCGGGCAGCUGCUGUCCUCCUGCAGAGUGGGGCCAACCUCAACUUUGAAGACCCUGUCACCUACUACACAGCCCUGCACAUUGCUGUCCUGAGAAACCAGCCUGACAUGGUGGAGCUGCUGGUGCGCCACGGGGCUGAUAUCAACAGGAGGGACCGGAUCCACGAGAGCAGCCCCUUGGAUCUGGCCAGUGAGGAACCUGAACGCCUGCCCUGCCUGCAGCGCCUCUUGGAUCUUGGAGCAGAUGUCAAUGCAGCUGACAAGAAUGGGAAGACAGCGCUGUUGCAUGCUCUGGCCAGCAGUGACGGGGUGCAGAUCCACAACACAGAAAACAUCCGGCUCCUCCUGGAGGGAGGGGCAGACGUCAAGGCUACCACCAAAGAUGGGGACACUGUAUUCACAUGCAUCAUCUUCCUGCUCGGUGAGACCGUCUGUGGGGACAAGGAGGAGGCCCCAAUGAUCAACCGCUUCUGCUUCCAAGUCACGCAGCUUUUGUUGGCCCAUGGUGCCGACCCCAGUGAGUGCCCAGCCCACGAGUCCCUCACGCACAUCUGCCUCAAGAGCUUCAAGUUGCACUUCCCACUCCUGUGCUUCCUGCUGGAGUCAGGGGCAGCCUACAACUGCUCCCUGCAUGGUGCGUCCUGUUGGUCUGGCUUCAACCUCAUUUUUGAGAGGCUCUGCUCGCACCCGGGCUGCGCCGAGGAUGAUAGCCAUGUUGAGCUUCUGCAUAAGGCUGAGACCGUGCUGGACCUCAUGGUGACCAGCUCCCAGAGGCUGCAGCUGCCUGAGAACUUCAACAUCCACCCAGUGGGGGGCUUGGCAGGGAAGAUCCAGGCCCUUCAUGCCUCCCUGAAGCAGCUCGAGAGCUACCCACCACCUCUCAAACACCUGUGCCGGGUGUCCAUCCGGCUGUGCCUGCGACCGUGGCCUGUGGACACCAAGGUCAGAGCGCUGCCCUUGCCGGACAGGCUUAAGUGGUACCUGCUCAGUGCACACAGUAGCCCAGAAGACACUUGCUGAGGGAUCCCAGGAUAGAAUGAUCUGGGGUAGCCAAAGCCAGCCCGAGGGUAGGCCUGGCACCUGUAACCGCCUUCAGAGGGUUCUUUAUCUGGGCAAGGUUUGCCCUUUUCUGCUAUGAAACCACUAGGGGGUGCCCUGGAGGCCAAAGGCAUGGCUGCCUCCAGGGAGAUUCCCACCCCCUCCCUCUCAGUAUUUUACAACUGAGGGGCCAGGGCAGGCAGGAUGCAGCCGCCCUCUGUAUUAGGAGCUGACUGGACCAUUUGCAGGGAACUAGGGGCCAGGCCCCUCAGAACUCUGGCAACUGUGGUUGGUCCGAUGGGGGAGGCACAUGCCUGGGUCUUUCCAGGGGCAGUGCCAAAAUUCCUGGGCCAUCCAGUUAGGCCCUACCUGUUCCUGCCACCUCGGACCUCAGGAUGCCUUGGAGGAGCUGGGGACAGAACCGAGGCCAGCACAGGCUGGCUGGUCUGGGUUAGAGGCCUGCCUGAUCUUGUCGUCUUCAGGGCUCUGGCACUGUGGUUGGUGGUCGUUCUGCUCAUGCCUCACCCAGGUCUCAAGGAUGGUGCCUUGUUUAAGGGCAUCACGGGAACAGCAGGACUUUGUGAGGGGUCCUUCAGAAUACAGUGCUGAGGCCAGAAGCCAGCCCUACUCCAGUGCCAAGCCCUCACAAGGUCUUCCCAGUAGGUUUGGCUUUCGGUUGUAUAAAUGCCUCUGGGAAUGAGCAGAGAUGAUUAAAUAUAUUUAUAAGAUUAAA